AUGGGUGGCGGCAGCGUGCUGGGUGGUCACGGCACACUGAUGAGCACGGCGGGCAUGAGCAAUAGUACGGUUGGCGGCGGCGGUAUGUCUGGCAUGGGAGCUCCUCCUGGCAGCUUGUUACAAGGCGGUGGCGCCAACGGCGGCCCACCCGUCAAUGUCUACGGCAAUGUCAAUGGCGGCGGCGGCGGUGGCGGCGGUGGUGGUGGUGGUGUUGGUGGUGGUGGCCAGAGCACAGCGCCUGGUUCCGUUAUAGAUUCGCGAGCCGUCUCUGUGGUGGUAACCCUGCCCGGCGGACCCGGCUCUCAGCAUCCGGGGCAGGCGUUGAGCGACUACGGUCCCAUAUAGUUAAUGGUACGCCCGGACACCGCGCACUGGGUCUCAACGAGCAGCUUUAGUCAGCUGUAAGAGUGCAGUUUCCCCUCUCACCGGACAUUCUCUCUCCUCUCUCCCUCUCUCCCUCUCUCUCUCUCUCUGCUUACCAAUCUCUGUCACGCUCUCAGUGCUUACCUGUCACUUUCUCAGAGGUUUAAGAGCAAUGCCAUAUUAAUAUUUGUAGCUGUAGUUUGUUUAGAGAAAGGCGCAAUACAGAUUUUAAACUAUUUGCAUAAGAUUCUAGUCCGAAAACCCUUAAAAUAUUACCAACAACAACAACAAAGACAAGAGCGAGCGAAGAGAUCGAGAGUGGAAAAGGCUCUCGAGCAGCACGAGAAACCGGACGCGCGUUUGUUCUGCAGCCAUUCGAGCGGCUUUUCUUUGGUUCUUUCCAAUAGUUUCUUCAACGAAAUAGACUGAGAAAACGAAAUACCAAUAGUUUGCAUUAAAAACAUAGAAGAAAUUCAUACAAAAAAAAAAAGAGAGAGCUAAGCGAAAAGCGAAAAGCAUAACAACUCUGCCCCCACACACUGCCAAGUCAGAGCCACGAGCCAUAUUUCGAAAUUACAAGUAACUUUUAAUCAAACUACCUAAAAACUAUUAACCUUAACCUUAUAUAUACGUAUAUAUACAUAUAUAUAUAUAUAUAUAUAAACAUAAACAUUUCGAAUUCGCAUUGAAAACUGUGUGAGUGCGUUUUUUGGGGCUGUCUGUCGCUGCAUCGAAAGAGAGAGAGCGCGAGCGCACAGUGUUGCAAAAGCAUUUGUAAAUUAUUUAAUCUAACUUAAGCCAUUAUCCAGCACUAUUUUUUGUAAAUAUUUUCAAAUUGCGCUUAGUUUGUAAUCGUUUUUUUUAUAACUUAACAUCCUAAACUAAACCUAAAAACAAAACAAAAAAUACAUAAAAGUAAUUUGCAUUUUAGCGUCAAAGGCAGCGCUGCAUUUAAGCUCAAAAACUGAAUUUAAUUUUUACAAAAACUCCUCCCCCCAGUAUAACAAAGAAAUGAACGAAAAAAAAUAAAAAUAAAAAAAAAGCAAAUUAACAAAAUUAUGCCAACUUCGAAUGCAGCCAAA